AUGGGUGACAACAACAUCAACGAGCAUCAUCUAUACUAUGCCUUGCCCGAGAGCUACGUCCCAAUUACUAAUUCACUUGAUUUCGAGCAGUGGGUUCGUAAGUACAAGGCCUGUGCAAAGGCAAACAAAUGGAACGAAGAAGACAAGCUUAGGCAUCUGCCCCCUCUACUCAAGGGUGACGCUUGGAUUAUCUUCGACGACCUAGCAGACAACGAGAAGGAUACUCUGGAGAAGCUUGUCGAUAAUCUCACUAAGAAGUUGACGGUGGCUACGCAGAUACAGUGUGGUGAACAGCUCCAUCAGCGAGUACUAGACUAUGGCAAUGAGACCCUUCUGACCUACCAGAAUGAUAUUAGACGCCUGGCACAUCGAGCCUAUCCAGACAUGCAGGAGCAGCAGCUCAAACCGGUGGUUCUCAUGGCAUUCAUUCGUGGUCUUCGUGGACAUUCAAUCGAACUUGCACGUAAGGUUCGGAAUGCCAAUCCUCCCACCCUGGAGAAGGCGAUGCAGAAGGCGCAAUUUAUCAUGUCGGAUCCGUUCAUCGAUGAAUCUGAACGACCAGAGCAAGACGCUAUGCAACAUGAGCUGACCGCUAUUG